AUGCCUCCCAACCCUCUCUCCUACCCCUCCCUGAAAUGUGUUCUGGAGAACCUGGAAGCAAUUAAACGAUUCCACAUCACCGCUCGUACACCUUCACUACAAAAAAUCGAUAAAUUAGUACCUAUUCGCAUGGAAAAUUUAUGUAUGAGUAGAAAUGAGUUGACUAUCAAUGAAUUGUCGAUUGCUUUUAUGUCAAAUAUGGCUUACAAUAUGAAAACACGGAAAAGUAUAAGUUAUUCUGUUAGAAGUGAGAAUCCUAUGAAGAAGGCAAUCGACUAUUAUUUAGUCGGUAGAUCAAAAAUUCUAUUGAACCAACUAGACUCAAUUAAAACUACGAAGAUUAGGAUGGCUGAUGAUGCAGCCAAUUUGAAACUGCGAGUGAACUGUUUGAACAUACGCGACCAAGAAAACUUUGAACCAGAUUUUCUCCUGAUUCAUCCGGAUAGCUUUCCCCUCAAAGCCAUUAAGACUACAUUAAUCAGAACCGCAACUUCUGACCACCCAAUCAUUAAGUCUGCCAGGAGUCUUAUCUUAUCAAUACGCCAUGAAUAUCCACCAACCCAACUGGAAGACAUCAAAAAGCUUGAAAAUAAGACAAUCGUAUUCGAUCAAGGCCAAUUUUCGUUUGGAAAAUUCAGUAUCUUUGAAUUUAUCAGAUGUUUGAUAGAGAGUGUACCCAUUGGAAAAACUUUUAUCUUAUUGCAAUCCGACGGUUAUAUUACGAGUCAUUUAUCCCAUGUAAAGAUGGGUUACAAUCGAUACAGUAACCCUUUGGAUAGUGUCCAGGAGAGAUUUAUUCCUGGAGCACCGCGCUUCUUGAUUCCAAUCAACGACACGUCUAGUAUUCAAGUUUAUGGGAUUGAGGAAAUAAAAAAUGGAAGAAAAACGGAGAAAGUUGUGUUCAAAGUGAUGCCUGCAGAUUGUUGA